ACUCGCUCCAUUGAGGAUUGGGCCAUCCAAUUAGCAUGGCCCUUUAUCGUUCAUCGUCAUCUCUACGACUGAGCUACCCGGUGCACCUUGGUGCAGAGCCAGUGUGGAUCGAAAACCCCGAUUUCGUCAUCGGCAGCGCGUUGCCGCGGUAUGUGAAAGCUCAUCUGGUGCCCCCACAAAGUGGCGUCGACAGUGCACCACCCCACAACGUUGUGUAUGUCCAAACGACCGUAAAUGGCGCGACCAUGAACCUCGAGCUGUCUCGAGAUCGAGUGUGGCCCAGGGAAGAAGACGAACCAGAUAAUGGGGUCGACAAUCUCGUCAACUUGACACAUAUCAACAACCCGUGCAUUUUGCACGCGUUGUAUACUCGCUUUAUGGCCAAAAACAUGUUUACGCAUGUCGACAAUAUCUUGCUGGCGUUGAACCCUUGGGGAAUGAGCAAAGGGCAAUGUGACGUUACUACUCAAAACUACGAGCCCCUCCGGGCAAUGUUGAAGGGGGCGUUGAGGAAAAUGACUCCUGCCGUUGCUGGGGGAGGUACCUACCACCACAGCGUCCUGCUCUUGGGGGACAGCGGGUCAGGCAAGUCGUAUAUCGCCAAUGCUAUCCUUCACCAUUUGGUGGAGCCAUCAUCCCCAACCAAGAACCACGUCAAUGUUACUAGUGUCGCGAUGACUGAGGGCAUUACAUCCCCGCUGUCGUUGGGGUCGAAAUUGUUGGCUGCCAUGACGAUACUGGACGCAUUUAGCAAUGCUGCUACGGAUGCAAACACCGAGUCGUCGCGGUUUGGAAGGGUGGUCAAGGUUGGGUUGGACAGCCAAAACGCAUUGGUUGCUGCGACUAUUCAAUGCUUUCAAGUCGAGUCGAGCCGCAUUACUGGGUUUCACACACUCACCAAGUCCGGCAACACCACCGCUUUCCACGUUUUGCAUCUCCUGCACCAAACACAUCGCAAGCAAGACGAACAAUUCGUAGAGCAGCACUCGAACAACAACGAUACGCUGGGCCAGCUCAAGACUGCCAUGGCCACCUUGCACUUAUCGCCGAGUGUGAUUUCGUCAGUGUUUAAGCUAUUGGAAGCUAUCGUCCUCUUAACACGACUAUCCACCAACGACAACGAGCGCGCCGUCGGUGAAGGAAUCGACGACACACGGCUAGAACUCAAUCAAGCCGAGGAAUGGGUGGGGGUCCCUGUUGGGACCCUUUGCGACAACUUUAAACCCAAGAGUGGCGCUUCCUUGCUCGAAGUGUGUCGUGUGCUGUACAUUCGAGUGGUUGGCUACGUAUUAAAGUCCAUCAACACCGUCCUCGAAAUCGACAACCAGUUGACGGUCAAGUCGAUUGACAUUGUCGACAUGCCCGGGUUUGAGGCUCUCAGCUCCACCCAUUCAUUUGAUUCGUUUUGCAUCAACUACGCCGACGAAAAAUUGACCCAAUUUUUCACGCAGUACAUAUUCAAGCUUGAAUAUCGCAUUUACGCUACCGAAGCCUUGACUGGUGUGCGCCGUGUGCCCUUCUACGACAACCAACGACUUGUGGAUUUGCUGGAUGCCAAGGCUAGCAGCAUUUUGCAAGUGUUGGGCGAAAUGUCUUGUGAUACGGCCUCGGACACCAAAACCGAGCUGGUUGAGAAACUCACGGCCCGAUUCCACCACACCCAGUCGCCGUACUUCAAACCGUCGUCCGAAUUGCCAUAUUCGUUUGUGAUUCAACACACUUCAGCGGAUGUCGAGUAUUCUGCGGCGGACUUUUACCAAGCGUACCAUGCUGCCACGUCACUGCCUUGCGAAUGGACCCGAGCGUUCAAGCUGUCGAUUGAUCCAAUUAUCGUCGCGAUUGUUUGUCCAGGCGAUGUAACCUCCAAGGACUUCUCUCAAAGCCAGCAGCAACUGCAGCCCCCAACGACUCGGUCCUCACGUGCAUGUGCAGACGUCGAGCGGCUCUUGCUGUCGCUGUGUAAAUCGGAACCCCAUUUUGUUCAGUGCAUCAAGACCAACACGACCAAGGCACGACAUGUGUUUGAUUAUAACGUCGUCCAACAGCAGCUCCAGCGUCAUGAUAUAUUGCACACUCUGCUGCUGCGGACGGACGGGUACAGCUACCGCGCGACAUAUGCAGAGUUCCUCGACCAGUAUUUGUGUGUCGAAGCGUUUACCCACCCUCGAUUGAUGGCUAUGCAACCGUCGGAUCUCGUCGCUUAGGAACGUCCGCUG